CGCCCCGCAGUCCGGCCAGCGAGGACGCUGUGCACCGAGGCCUGGCGGCCAGGAGGGCGCGGAACCCGCGAGCCAGGCGGUCCCGGGCCGCCCGCGGCGACCCCCCAGCCCCCGGCGCAGGAGGAGCAGGGAGGCGGCGCACCUGGGGCCACCGGGAGCGGGAGCCAGGUGGCCCGGGCGCGCCCUGCUCGCCUCCGCCCCGAGCAGGAAGUGGCUGCGGCCCGCCCUGCGCGGCGCCGCGCGGAGCCGCCGGGCCAGGAGGCGUCGGAGCCCGAGCGCCGGGAACGAGACCCGAUGGCGGACCUGGCGCUCGGGGGCCCCGGGGACGCCGCCGCGGCCGCCCUGGAUGAGCUGUCCCGCAACGUCACGUACGGGGCUCAGGGCGCCGGCAACGGCUCCCUGUCGGGCGCGUGGUACCGCAGGAACCAGAUACACCUUUUUGGAGUUUUGCUGGCCAUUUUAGGAAACUUGGUAAUCAGCAUUUCCCUAAAUAUUCAGAAAUAUUCUCAUCUUCAGUUGGCGCACCAAGAAUACCCAAAGCCAUUCUUCAAGAGUGUGUUGUGGUGGGGUGGGAUUGUACUGAUGGCCAUGGGAGAGACAGGAAACUUUGCAGCCUACGGAUUUGCCCCGAUUACUCUUAUCGCUCCAUUGGGCUGUAUGUCUGUUACAGGUAGUGCCAUUAUUUCUAUUAUGUUUUUGAAAGAAAAUUUGAGGGCCUCCGACUUACUAGGUAUGACAUUGGCGUUUGCAGGAACAUACUUGUUGGUGAAUUUUGCUCCAAAUAUAACUCAGGCUAUCUCCGCAAGAACAAUACAGUAUUACUUUGUUGGUUGGCAGUUCCUGAUCUAUGUGAUUUUAGAAAUACUAAUUUUCUGCAUUCUCCUAUAUUUCCAUAAAAGAAAAGGAAUGAAGCACAUUGUGAUUCUGCUAACCCUGGUGGCACUUCUAGCCUCAUUGACUGUUAUUUCAGUAAAAGCUGUCUCAAGCAUGAUCACUUUUUCUGUGACGGAUAAAAUGCAACUAACUUAUCCCAUCUUCUAUAUCAUGUUUAUCAUCAUGAUAGCAUCUUGUGUUUUCCAAGUCAAGUUUCUGAAUCAAGCCACGAAACUCUACAAUACAACGAUGGUGGUGCCAGUUAACCAUAUUUUCUUUACAACCAGUGCCAUUAUUGCAGGUGUCAUAUUUUAUAAGGAAUUCCUUGGUGCAGCUUUUCUCACUAUAUUUAUAUAUCUUUUUGGGUGUUUUCUGUCAUUCCUUGGUGUGUUUUUGAUCACAAGAAAUCGAGAAAAGGAACAUCUGCCACAGUCUUACAUUGAUUUUGGAAAUAUUCCUGGGAAACAAAUGUUGGAUAAAAUACAACCAGAUUCAAACGGCUUAUCCUAUGGAACUUUGCCUGAUGGAAGUGACUCAACAAAGAGCCAAAGUGGAGAGAAGAAAGAAGUCUAAAAUGCCGAGAGGGAUGGCUGUUGGCCUGUUAUUCGAUACCACCUUUUUAAAAAAUUGCACAUGUUCAAUUUGUGUCAGCAGCUAUUUAUCGCUGACAUGUGCUAGCAUUAGUUCCAGUUCUUUACCCCACCUCCAUUUCUAUGGACACUCAGGGCCUUCCUAAGCCUUGAAAGUCUAAUGUUUUCAUGGAAUGUAAUUUGAAGUGUUCCCCACACCAUGGACCUCUCCCUAGUGAUCAUGUAACCGGCUAGAUCUUAAUUAGAGCCUGGCUAUCCAAGCAGGAAUGUCACACAAAAAUGUGCACCCACGAUUUGGCUGAGAACACAUAGGCUGCUUUUCCCACAUGGCUUGUAGUGUCAGUUGCUUUGCUUUAAAGAGACACUUUACCCCACAGCCUUACUCCUGAACCAAAGGUUUAAGAGCAUUCCUUUUUUUUUUUAAGACGUCUUUUUUGAACCUCCCAAUAAAGGUCUCACCUUUCUAUUCCUAAAUAAGAAUGGUGAGUCAUCUUUUCUAAACACUAGCCCUAUUAUAACCAUCCUUUAAAAUUAAGGGUGUCUUUAAAAUUCGAAUUCACAGGUGGCACUCUGUGAUGAGACAUACCAAAACUAAAAGACCUUGACUAGUGGACUAUUUAAGCAAGAAAAAAUUUAAGAAUUAGGAUGAAUUUUUAAAAUAAAAAUACACAAUGGUGAUGUUUUCUUUAGCUGAAAUUGAAAUGGAAGGCAAAAACUUCAUAUUCUAUGCCUUUAUUUGUUUACCUCUUAUAAUUUAUCAAAUUGCUUUAUAUGUUUUAACUCUUAACAUACGUCUCAAAAAUCAUAUUUAAAUUCUUAGUGAUAGUUUCAUUAACACACCGUUUAUUCCCUAAGUCAUUAUGUCUAGCUUUAUAACUUCAUCUAGGUAAAUGGACAAUUAUGAUUAGAGAACUAGAUGCCAGCUAUUUCAAUCUUAGAUAUAACACUCAGCCAGGGGGUCCAACCUGAAUUUAGGGAGGAAGCCCAGUGUUCCUGUAUCCUGGAUGAUUUUUCUGCUGCAAUUAGUCACAUAUCUACUAAAAUAACAUUUGCAGGUAGAGUCUGUAAUCAUGUCUGUUACUUAUUAUCUACCUAAUAUUUAAAUGAGAAGAGUUAGCCAUCAUUGUAACCAACAUCAAAUAAUAAGCCCUAUCCGUAAGGACAUUUCAAAACCUUCAGAUCACUUCUGACAUGUCAGUACAAUAUUGUUCUAGCCAAUAGUCUUGCAUUUGUGUAGGUUCUUUAAUUCAGACCUAUUGAGAUUGUAAUCUUAACCGUUUCUGGUCUUUUAACCUGCACUCCUGACCAGACCAACCAAACCUGGCUACAAAGGCAACCUUCGAAUCUAUCUCCAAUGUAUAAUUUAGAGCCCAUGUCUGGCUUUUGAACUCCGGGUAACAAUUCCUGCCAUUGUGGAAAGUGUUCCAUUAAUUCAAAUAAAACAGUCAUAUAAUUUAUGGCA